AUGUCGGCUCCUAUCGGCGAGAAGAUUCAGCCCCCAGAAACUGCCCAUUCCAGUACAGGCUACCCAACACCGGAUCCGGAUCAGUUUUACAUCAUGUUGUAUGACCUAUCAUGGGGCUCUUGGCUAGAAAAUUUGGGCUUCAGGAACGAUGCCAAGAUCGAGGAGGCAGCGGGAACGAUGAUUCGUCUCCUCAUGCUUCCAGAUCUCCGCUAUUUCCAUCGAUGA